AGGACGGGCGUGAGCAACCAUGGCCGGGCAGUGCUUCCCGGUACCCCGGCUCGAGGGCGUUUCGCAGGAGCAGUUCAUGGAGCACCUGUAUCCGCAGGUUGACGGCAGAGCGCUGGCUACGAGAAAUAUUUUGCCCAAGAAGCCCUACUAGUUGCUUAGCGGCGUUGCGGGAGUCUGAUUACAAAGUCUUCAACCGUUACCAUGGCAACCCAGGGAGUUCCCCACCACUACCACCACCACCACCACCACCACCACCACCACCACCACCACCACCACCAAUCUUCCAUCGGGUUUCCUAAAAUCUAGAGGCGGUUUCGCCCCCAACCCCAGCCAGUGGCUUGAACGGCGCCUGUCAGUCUACGCGAGUUACUGGAUCUGAAGAAGUUUUUCACUGCACUGAGCCAAAAGGGGAAGCAAUGGGAAUCCCCCGACAAACUUCCAGUGGUCUUGGAUUCUAACUAACGUGGGUUCUAGUUCAGACGUUCGAUUCUCUUAGAAAACCUCUAGUGUUGGAAGGAAUUGAUUUGGGGACGUGUACAAGCAAAUGGACAGUGGAUUACCUAAGCCAAAUUGGAGGGAGGAAAGAGGUGAAGAUUCAUGUUGCUGCAGUUGCCCAGAUGGACUUCGUUAGUAAGAAUUUUGUGUAUAGAACUUUACCUUUUGGCAAGUUGGUUCAGAGGGCAGCUGAAGAAAAGCAUAAGGAAUUCUUUAUUUCAGAGGAUGAGAAGUACUACCUACGAUCACUUGGAGAAGACCCUAGAAAGGAUGUUGCAGAUAUCAGAAAGCAGUUUCCUUUAUUGGAAGGAGAUAUUAAGUUUCCAAAAUUCUUCAAAGAAGAGCAGUUCUUUUCCAGUGUUUUUCGAAUUAGCUCACCAGGGUUACAACUUUGGACCCACUAUGAUGUAAUGGAUAACUUAUUAAUACAAGUGACAGGAAAAAAGCGUGUUGUACUAUUCAGUCCUCGAGAUGCCCAAUAUUUAUAUUUAUCAGGUACUAAAUCAGAAGUACUGAAUGUAGAUAACCCAGACUUAGCUAAAUAUCCACUGUUUUCCAAGGCUAGACGGUAUGAAUGUUCCCUUAAAGCUGGAGAUGUAUUAUUCAUUCCUGCUUUAUGGUUCCAUAAUGUAAUAUCUGAAGAGUUUGGAGUGGGAGUGAAUGUCUUUUGGAAGCAUCUUCCAUCUGAAUGCUAUGAUAAAACGGAUACCUAUGGAAACAAAGAUCCUACAGCAGCAUCAAGAGCUGCACAAAUUUUGGACAGAGCCUUAAAAACCCUGGCUGAAUUACCAGAGGAAUACAGGGACUUCUAUGCACGGCGAAUGGUCUUGCACAUUCAAGACAAAGCCUAUAGCAAAAACUUUGAAUAAAUAUUGAAGUGAAUGCAGUGAGCAUAAACUUUUAAAUACAGUUCAACUCAAAUAUUGGAGACGUAUAACAAGAUGUAAAUUAUUUUUUAAAGAUUUAUCCUUUGUUAAAAUAGGAAAGAUAAAUCAAUCUCAGAUUUACAGAUUAAAUAAGUAUGAAGGCAUGUUUGUGUGGUUUCUACUUAAUACAGAUUGUUAUGGUUGAAAAAGUGCUGCGGUGGGA